AUGCCAUUGACUACACCUUCCGUACCUGUCAUUGUUGACGGUCACAAGUUGUCUCCAGAACAAUGCAAGAUUUACUACUGGGUCAUGAAAAAAAUGGAUAACAACAACACCACUCCAAUCUACACAUUGGUUCAUGGAGCCGCUGGAUCUGGGAAAUCUUUGCUUCUCAAAGCAAUUCGAAAUGGUCUUCAAGAGAAGUUGGGAUUGGACAGCUGUAUUUCGACAGCCCCAACUGCGAUAGCGUCCCAACUGAUCGGUUCCCGCACAAUCCACUCUACAUUUGUUUUGAAGUGGGGGAAACAUCGACAGGGAGAGAACAUCGACGUUGAAGAUUUCCUGGACGAAAUCCCAGACUACAAAAUGAACAUCCUCUCCCGGAUGAGAAAUUCUGAAGUUGUGUUAAUCGAUGUAAUCAAUUAUGUUAGUAAUGUUGACUUCGCGAGAAUCGAUCACUGCCUGCAGGAAGUUACCGGAGUUCGGAGACCAUUCGGUGGUCUUUCAGUUAUUGUCUUCGGAGAUUUUCAUCAAUUACCUCCAAAAGGAGAUUGGAUAUUCGAAGAUCUUCCCGAGUCUUUCAUCGAAAAGCAAAUGAAAGUGAUACCAAGCUCUUCGAAGUUGUGGAAUCUUUUCAAAAUUGUCGAGCUUCCAGAAUUGAACUACCGGCUUACUGAUGAAACUCAAAAAGACGUAUCAAUAGCUAUGAGACAUGGAGAUAACCAGGAGGGAUUGUACAACUAUUUGAAAGAUAUCUGCUCCAUUUGUUUGGACAUACACCAAACAAAAGAAAAAAUAGUAAAAGAAUUCCAACUACUCAGCCUAAGAACAGGAAGCGAAAAUAUUGCAGUACUGGCGCCAUCCAAUGACAUCGUAGACGACAUCAAUUUAUCGUUAGUAUCGUCUGAACAUAGCACAAGAAGAUUUCCCCCUGUUUAUUCGGCAGGCUUGGAAGACUGUAAAAACUGGAAUUCUGCACAACAAGACGUAUAUGUGGCUCAUGGUUCUCCGGUUGUGUGCACUGUGAACUAUGACGAAAAAAUCAAGAAUGGAGCAAUGGGGCAUGUGGUGGAUUUUAACGAUGAAACCAUUAUUGUAACAUUCUCCACUGGUAUCAUUGAUAUCCAUCGUCUUCCAUUCAAAGAAGGAAACCAAAUGUUCUUGCAAUUUCCACUCCGAUUGGGAUACGCACAUACCAUCGAGAGAGCCCAAGGCGCCACUUUUGAUGGAAUCAUUCUUGUUCGCAAUGAGACUUGGGAUCGAGAAGAAAUCAACAGCUGGAGAGAACAUCAAGACGGGUUUGGUGAGAUCUACACGGCAAUGUCAAGAGCUCGGGACUUCGAAAACUGUCGGAUCACUCCGAUGAGAUUUUUGGGUUGGGAUGUUUCUAAAAAAGUCGAGGAGGAAAUUACCAGAAUGAGGAGAGACUGCAGGGAACUUAUGGACUGA